UGCAGGUGUCUUUCAGGCUUUGGUGGACAAUUUUGUGAGAAGGAGGCUGAUGAAUGUAGUUCUGGGCCUUGCCUCAACAAUGGAUUCUGCCAGGACUAUGUGAACGGCUAUUCUUGUAUCUGCACACAAGGCUGGAUAGGAUCACACUGCCAAGUGGACAUUGAUGAAUGCCAACCAAAUCCAUGCAUCAAUGGGAUUUGCUUCCAGAAAACUCCCCGGCCUGGCUACACCUGCUUCUGUAACCCGGGAUUUGUGGGAGUAAAUUGUGAGCAAAAUUACAAUGAUUGUUUCAUCUACUCUUGCCCCAUGGGUUUUGAAUGUGUUGACGGCCUUAACAAUGUGAGCUGCAUUCCGGUUUUCACUGCAACUGAGACUACAAACCCUGCUAGAACAACGCCGAUUGCAACACCCCAUGUCAUUCCUACCUUGAUCUCACCAGUGCCCGUCAUGUCAGACAACACCAGCAGUCAGCAUGACAGAGAAUCUGAGAGUAAUUCAUCUGACAAUGGAGAUGAAACCAGUCAGUUGAGCUUAGCGGUGGAGUGCGAGAAAUUGGAGGAUCCUCCCAAGCUGCUGCUGUCAGAUAUAUGCUGA